UACCGCUUCAACCACACACUCCUUUGCCAUCGACAUUUCAUCCCCAGCUCGAGCUUGCUGUCAAUAUCACACCUCCGACCGCGACCGCCGCGCCUUCUGCGCACUUCUCGCCGCCACCAUCAGGCAGAACCUGUCACCAGACAAAGCCAGUGACACGUGAACGCGCCGCGCCGACGUUUCCAGCGGCGCCCACCCUGCUGUACAGUGAUUGAUCGACCGCAAGUACCCUAUAGCUGUGUCCGUCAAGGCAUUAAAGACGCGUUCCCGAGCUCUGGCUGCUCAACAACACCCAUCACACUCGGCCCACCAUGGCCACAAGUACUGCUUUCGCUCCGCUUCCCGUUCCCGUACUCGACGACAGCAUGGAGUUGACCUCAUCACCUGGGGUCAGUCAUGCAGACAAUGACAUCGACCUCGAUCUCGACGACUAUCGCGGAGUGCAGCUUACAGACGAUGAACACAUGAUGGAAGAUUCCCAGCCCACACGUCCAGGAACAGCCAACGACGACAUGAUGGAGGAUGCUGAGCAGAUGGCUGGCACCCCCAUCGUCGAAGAAGUUAUGCAUGAUGAUCCUGUGAAUGUCACAACGUACGACCACGAUGAAGAGCUCAUCGACUAUAGUGAUGACGAAUACCAAGAAGACAUCCCAAUCGCGGACGAAGCCGACGCCACUCAACACACCGACAACAGCUUCGUCGCACCUACGGAGGCUGUGACCGAGCUGGAGGCCGAGUCGGUUGACGAGGAGAUCGCGCGCAAUCCCGAAGACGAUGUCCAUGAGGAGCAAGACGCCGUGCCAUCUCUGCUUUCGGACACCGUGCCGGCGGCCGGUGGAAUCGAAGCGCCGCAGCAGCAAGGACUUCAGUCAGAUGGCACACUUGGAGUCAAUGAUGUGCCUGCUGACGAAGUUCCCGCUCCUGACACCGCAAGGCUAGAGCAAGCUACUACACUCGUUUCAGAUCCCGCAGAUCUCUCUGGUACCACGGCAACUGCAGAACCUGAUCACGAAGAGGAGGCACCGUCCGCAGAUGAGCAGCAGCACGAUGGUAGUCACGCAGACGAGACCACUUCGAAGUUGCCUGGUGCACUUGACACCUCUGCUCACUUCACUCCGGACGGUCCUCCGACUCCCUCUGACACUGGCAUGCACCCAAUGACUGUCACGUACAAGGGCUUCGAGAUGCCUCUGUUCAAGUCCCGUUCGCAGCCCACUGGCCUUCUGAAAGACGACAAUCUCGCAAGCCUCAGCCUGAGCAAUCUCAUGGCUAAUUGCAGGCAACGUCUUGAGUACAAGAUCGGUGAGAGUAUUUCGGCUGAUCAGGACCUCGUUCUGAGCGUUCAGAACAUGGGUUUGAUUGUCGGCGAGAAUUCGCCCUACGCGUUCCAAACCAGUCUGAGCGAGAUUCUCGAAGUUUACAUCCAGCUUCACCAGAAUGAUGGCACCUCGACUAUUCCACCUCUCGCCCUCUCGUUGUCUUUACAAUUGAAAUUCUCCAGCAGCUUCAAUCUCUUCAAGGUCGCAGCUCAACAAGGGCAAGGCAUGUCUAGCUUCUCUUUUCUGCAGCAGAACGAGGAUGAUAUCGAGUCUUACUACGAGGAACAAGCGGAAGACUAUGGCGAAGAAGAGGAAGAUCAAUACGCCGUCACUGGCGAGAACGAUCAAUACGAAGGCGAGACGGCUCCCGAAGACUUUGGUCAAGAAGAAGCGUCGCAGGAUCACGAAGGUCAAGAGUACGAGGAGGAGCACGAAGCACAGUACAAGGAUGACAAUGACCACGAAGGUCAAGCUUGGGAUGAGCAACAAGUAGAGGCGCAGCCAGCAACUCUCAACGAGGAGCCAAAUGCCGAUGAAGAUGAUGAUCACGAGGAGGCCUCAUAUGAGUCGUAUGAAGAGCACGACCAACAGGAUUUUGCCGACACUAACAACAACUUCUCCGGCACCGAGUCAACAACGCACGAUCAAGGCGCAGAACCUCCCGCGGACCUCAACGUCCAGACCGCAGGCAUCGCAGCGAACGCCGACGCUACAGACACACAGAUCGAGCAAGAGGCAGUCGAGUUCAAUGAACCCGAGUCUGCUGCAAGCUCAGCGACCAUUCGUGAUGGAGCUACGAAUGAUGCGACUGGUGAGUCCAACAACAAUGAAGAAGAUCUUAUUGAUUACGAAGACGAUGAUCUGACAACCUGGCCUGAAGAGCAACAUGCAGACGACGGAGAGGACGAGGCCGAAGCCCACACUGGCGGUCUCGAAGAAGCAGAAGAAGCCGCCGCCGCCGCCAUUGUCUCCACGAACUACGAUCAGCAAACGGACGAUACCGUUGGAGCACCUGCAGGUGAUGAGUACACGUUCGACUUCGGUGCCCAGCAGGAGGAACUCAUAGACUAUCCGGAAGACGAUGAGGACGAUCACCCUCAUGCUACCGACCAUUUUGCGGAAUAUGACGAUGCCGCCGCCGAUAACACCGACCAACCUCGUGAAGACGUCGCAGAUGAGCAGGGCCAGCCAGCCGGUGUAACCGAAGUGGCCGCAGGCCACGAUCCCGAACGUGGGCCAGCAAAUGGAGCGAACACGAACCAGACUGUCGCGGACACCAUCGACUUUGACGAAGACCGCAUCGACUUCGACGAGGACGAUGAAGAUGUGGUUCAGCCGCAAGCCGUCGCCUCGGCCAGCACUUCCAACUCUCCGCUUGGCAAGCGGUCGUUCGAUGAGCACGACAAUGGCAGUGGGUCAAGCGUACAGCCGGAUCCAAAGAAAGCCCGCGCAGGAUGAAAGCCAUGCCAUGACUUGACGGGAUUCCGGAAGCACUGCCGUCAUGGCAGUAAACCUACGGCGCAGCACCUGCUCGACCGAUCAACUUCCCCACACCCACACAUCCAUCCACCCAUUUCAUACUCACCUGUAAUACUAACUAGCAGACACCGAUCCAG